AUGGCAGAUUUUGCAGCGGCCCAGCAGCGCAUUAUCGAGCGCCGCGCCGCACGAGAACAAGCACUAACAGCCGCAGAUCGCCAGCACCACGAACUCCGCGCGCAACAACUCUCCCGACUCCCUCCGACUCUCCGCUCCCUCACAUUCGAACUCCUCUCCUACUGGGACGGCUUAUCAAGUCCAUACGGCACACGACCGGCAUAUCGGGUUGGCCAGGUGGACGCAGAGCUUCUGGACGAAGCAUUACUUGGACUUUUGAAGAAACAGGCGGGAGAGGGACUGAAGUUAUACGGCGCACACCUCAAAGACGACUGGAAUGCGGAGAUCACGGUCGCAUUGAGGGCAGUUCUGUGGAAACUGUCAAUAUGGGACCAUGGCGCAAGUUACGGCGCAUCUUUGCAAGGACUGAAAUACAUUGACUCACGGCGGAACCUCGAUUCGACCAGCGUGAACGAACGAGAAGCUACAAAAUGGCAGCGAGCGAUCUACGGCAUCAUCACAGUCGGCGGAAGAUAUGCAUGGACAAGAUGGGAAGAUCGACUCUCCGCCCUCGAAAACAGCUACGACGAACCAUCCUCCCUCAUACGAAAACUCUCCCGACUCACAACUAUCUUCGACUCCGGCCACAACAUCGCAGCAUUCAUCUCUUUUCUCGUAUUCCUCUACAACGGCCGAUACCGCACCCUCACCGACCGCAUACUCCGCCUCCGACUGGUCCCUGCAUCGAACCAAACCAGCAGAGAAGUCUCCUUCGAAUGGCUGAACCGACAACUCGUCUGGCACGCCUUUACCGAAUUUCUCCUCUUCCUCCUCCCUCUCGUCGGAAUCAGCAGAUGGAAAAGAUGGGUAGCACGAGCAUGGAAAAAGACGAAGAAUGCAUUUGUGCAACUUCGCACGGGCGCCACGAGCGCAGAGCAAGACGACGAGGAUGAUCUGAGUAAAGGAGAGCUUGCAUUCCUUCCCGAGAGGACUUGCGCAAUAUGCUACUCCGAUCAGAAUCCCGCUGGAGGUCAAUCCGAGCAGGAACUCAUCUCAUCCACAUCCGCAGGCGCAAAUAGCGGCAUUAUCGGCAGCGCCAUGACGGACAUCACAAAUCCAUACGAAGCAGACCCUUGCGGCUGCGUAUACUGUUUCGUGUGCUUAGCACAGAAGAUCGAAGCAGAGGAAGGUGAAGGCUGGAUAUGUCUGCGAUGCGGGGAGGUAGUCAAGGAAUGCAGAUCUUGGAGCGGAGAUGUGGUCGUCAGCAAGGCGAGACAGUACGAUGGAAGCGACAGCAGAUCGAUGUCAAGAAGUCGGAAGAGCGUAAUCUUGCAGUGGAGUAAAGUCGAGGGCGACUACGACGAUCAUGAUGGUGAGGAGUAUGGCAGCGGAAGUGGCAGUGAAGGCUACGAGGAGGAGUACGAUGAUGACUACCAGCAAUGA